GCAACAUGGUGACAAUGUCCGAGUUCAGCUCGGCUCCCGCCGGCCAGGCGCCCCAGAAGACCCUCCGCGUGGGCUUCUACGACAUCGAGCGGACCCUGGGCAAGGGCAACUUCGCCGUGGUGAAGCUCGCCAGGCACCGUGUCACCAAGACCCAGGUCGCGAUAAAAAUCAUCGAUAAGACGCGCUUAGAUGCGAGUAACUUGGAGAAAAUCUACCGUGAGGUUCAGAUCAUGAAACUUCUGAAUCACCCUCACAUCAUCAAGCUGUAUCAGGUCAUGGAGACCAAGGACAUGCUGUACAUCGUCACCGAGUUUGCCAAAAACGGGGAGAUGUUUGACUACCUGACGGCCCACGGGCACCUGAGUGAGGACGAGGCCCGGAAGAAGUUCCUGCAGAUCCUGUCAGCUGUGGAGCACUGUCACGGACACCACAUCGUGCACCGGGACCUCAAGACCGAGAACCUGCUGCUGGAUCGGAACAUGGACAUCAAGCUGGCAGAUUUUGGCUUUGGGAACUUCUACAAGCCAGGGGAGCCCCUGUCCACGUGGUGUGGCAGCCCCCCCUACGCCGCCCCAGAAGUGUUUGAGGGCCGGGAAUACGAGGGCCCCCAGCUAGACGUCUGGAGCCUGGGCGUGGUUCUGUACGUGCUGGUGUGUGGGGCGCUGCCCUUCGACGGCCCCAGCCUGCCGGCCCUACGGCAGCGCGUGCUGGAGGGCCGCUUCCGGAUUCCCUUCUUCAUGUCUCGAGACUGCGAGAGCCUCAUCCGCCGAAUGCUGGUGGUGGACCCCGCCAAGCGCAUCACCAUCGCGCACAUCCGCCAGCACCGGUGGGUGCAGGCCGCGCCCCCCCUGCCGCCCGCCGCGCCCUCGCUCUCGGCCCACAGCUACGACUCCAGCCUGGGCGACUACGACGAGCAGGUGCUGGACCUCAUGCACGCUCUAGGCGUGGACCGGCGGAGGACCGUGGAGUCCCUGCGGACCAGCAGCUAUGACCAUUCAGCAGCCAUCUACUACCUCCUGCUGGAGCGCCUCAGGGAGCACCGCGGCCCCCCACUGCACCCCCAGCCCGGCCCGGCCCCGCUGCCAAGGCCCCUCAGCUCCGACCUCAGCGGGUUCGAGGUCCCCCCUGAGUCUUUCCCAGCCUCCCUGCUGGGCCCACAGCCCCCUGCCCAGAGCCAGUCGAUGCUGCAGGCCGAAGUGGACUGUGAGCUUCAGCCUUGGCUCCUGUCCGCAGACCACAGCUGUGGCGGCGUGUUCUGGCCCCGCGCUGCAUCCCCCAGUGGCCCGCUGGACACGGCCAUCAGCGAGGAAGCGCGGCCUGGCCGGGAGCUGGACGAGGAGUCGGCGCCCCCUGCUGGCUCGGGCCGCAGACACACCCUGGCCGAGGUCUCGGGCUGUUUCUCCCCCUGCACACCCCCCUGCAUCAUCAUCUCCUCGUCAGCGGCCGGCGCCUCCGAGGGCACCAGCUCCGACAGCUGUGUCCCUGUCUCUGCUGGCGGCACCCCGAGGGGCCUCAGUGGCCGCCUCGCUGCUCAGGGGCUGCUGGGUACCUGCCCACCACUCCGUCUGGCCUCGCCGCUGCUGGGGGCACAGUCAGCCACCCUGCUGUUGCAACGUCGGGGGCCCCUGGGCGGUGCCACCCUGCUCCCUGUCAGUUUCCAGGAAGGGCGCCGGGCCUCGGACACUUCUCUCACUCAAGGCCUGAAAGCCUUCCGGCAGCAGGUUCGGAAGAACACCAGGGCCAAGGGCCUGCUGGGCCUGAACAAGAUCAAGGGGCUGGCCCGCCACGUGUGCCUGUCCGCCUCCUCCCGGGCCUCCCGAGCUGCCCUCAGCCCCCUGCAGCUGCCACCCCCGGGCCCAGGCCUGCUGGAGGACGUUCUCCAGCAGCAGAGGUUGCUCCAGAUCCGCCACCCAGCCUCCACACCCAGCUGCCUACAGGGGCCCCUGCCGCCCUCUGCCCCACUGCCCUGCGCCCUGUUCCUGUCUGGACUCCCCAAGGAGCUGUACCCACGGAUACCGCCUCCCGUGCUGCAGGCCGGGCUCUCCCCGGUGGUCUCGGCCGCGCAGCUCCUGGACGCCCACUUACACAUCACUGGCCCGGCCCCCGCGAUGUCGCCACACCUGGCUGUGCUGGGCCCCGGCUUUGAGCCGGCUGCCGGCCUGCGGCAGGGGGACUGCGACAGGGAGGAACUGAGCUCCGGGCCCCGCGGUGGCGCCUGUGUCCUGGUGCAGUGAGGCCGUCGGCUCGUGGCUGCCCCUGCCAGCAAUAACCUCGGAGCCCAGCCACGUGCUCGGAGCCAAACAAGCAAUAUGUCGGGGUCCCACUUUCCCUCCAUUGGUCUUCGGAUUUCCUCACACUGAGCCCACCAAGGGUGAAGAGGGCGAAGAGGAUGGUGCUGGUAUGGGGGGCAGGGCCGGGCCUGGACAUGGGUCACUGUGUAUUGAAGCUCCUGGGCCACCAGCUGCUCCCUGGAUGGUCCCUGCUCCUGGCACAAGCUGCUCCACCCGUCAGUGCUGAACACGCUGAAGGGGGAGAGGCUGGCACUGUACCCUCCUCUCGAGGGCUGGGCAGCCCCUCCUGAUCUGCUGCUAACUCCGCCAUCAGGCCCAGGAAGCCCUCAGUCUCGGGCUUGGUGGCCACUCCCCCGCCGUCCUUGGGCCAGAGGGGUGCGGGCAACCGAGACACGCUCCUUGUUCGUUCUCUUCUCUGCUGUCCCACAAGACACGCCCCAUGGGCCGGGUGACCAAGGCGCUGCCUCUGGGAUGAAACGGGGUCUCUGCCUCAGGCCCCUCAAUCCCACCCACCCAGGUGCCUUCAGCUCACGCAGGCCCCCACCACCUCCAGUAUUAGCCCCGGCCGCCAGGUCACGUGGACAGGCAGGCGCUGGCGGAAGCCAAAGACGCCAGGUGCCCUUGUCCACGUGUCCCCUCGCUGCUAGGUCUCCGUGGCUGCCCUGGCCCCCGGCGACUGGGGCCCCCCACCCCGGGAGGCCCACCCUGUCCCCCACCAUCCGGAGAUCAAACAACCGCACCACAAGCACUUUACUCUGAUCAUGGCCCCUGAGCACGCGAGAGUCUGCGAGUCUGUGCUGGUGUGGGCGGUCCCCCCCAGCCUGGUGGGACCCGCUGUGGCCCCGCCACCCUGUAGAUAGUUCUGUUGUGUUUGUUGUUGUUUGUUUGUUUUUUUACCACAACCGAAUUAUUUUAUUUCUUAUGCUAUCCCGAGAGGCGUGUGCCGAAUGAUUAGUGGAUGUAUGUUUUUUUAAUUUAAUAUUUAAAUAAAAUA